AUGCUCAAACCGGAGGAUCAGAGUGAGGACUCUGCCAGGAAUGGCUAUGACUUCUUGAAAUCCAGUCUAUCUGGUAUUAUCACACCGGACGUGCGUUCGAAAAUCGACAAUCUAAUUCAGGAAGUCGCCUCGUUAAAGGAUGUUGAAAAGUUGCUCUUCUGUUUGUUGCUCCCUGUGGAAAGUAGUCAUGGUGUUCAUGGGCUCAGUAACACAUCUUUUGGCCUAACUGGCGAUGAUCUGGACGUAUCUUCAAGUUAUGAUGUCAAUGCUCUGGGUGUUGGCAUAUUCUCUCCAGGUGGUCAGUCCUCCCUGCAUCUCUCCAACCAGGUAGAACAAAGUCAGGCUUACACAUGGAUUGUAUCCCACUUGGAAGAGAAUCCAUCAACGUGCUUAAGAAAGCAUGAAGUUUAUGAUGACUACAGAGCGUAUUGUGAGAAACACCAUAUGAAGACCCUAAAUACUGCAGACUUUGGAAAAGUUAUGAAACGUGCAUUUCCGAAUGUAAAACCUCGACGUUUAGGUCAACGGGGACAAUCCAGAUAUUGUUAUGGAGGCAUGCGUAAAAAGACUGAAAGCCAACCACCAUUUCUACCUGAUCUUACAAACGAAGCUCUUGGAAUGGCAUCUCAAAAUACAUCUAAUGGACCUGACAUCGAUUUGGUCAGUUGGGCUGAUGAUCCAUCCAUAAGAUCCGCUCUAGGCAUUCGUGGUUCAAUCGUAGCUGACGUGGCUCACAUUCUUUUGGAGUAUGCUCACCAAGUUUUUGGAGUGCAAUUUAAGUCAUUGUUUCAACUUGCCCAACAUCUGGUUACAAACCGAUAUGUCAACUCUAGGUCAAAACAUGCGUUUGCUUUAAUCGCUCAUGCAGCUAACCCUCCUGUUUCAUUUUCUCCACCACCUUCCACAGCCCUAGCGGAAGUUCUUCAAAAAGGUGCUGUCAAGUCAGCUUUUGACAAAAUUCGAAAUGGUCGCCAAAAUUCAGCAGCCAGUGAUUCAUCUUAUAGAUCGGAAUGCAUUAAAUUAGAAGGUUUUCAUACACCUAUAUCUACAAACAACAGUUCCCCAGCAAAUGCUCUUUCCCAAUCAUCUGUAUCCGAUAACAGAAGUGCAAAUCUCUCUACAUCUAUUCCUAAUCGUGGCAUGAAUAAUCAUGGAAUGCCAACACUUACAUCGUCUACUCCUUAUAGUACUGUUCAAAUGUCUCACUGUAGUACUGCACAGCGUGUUGUUGACAACAAACCAUAUGAAUCAAAUACUGCUGCAUUGUCACAAAAUAGUUGUGUUAGUUCGUAUACAGCUUCUGUUUUAGCAUCUCCAUCUGCUUUACAAUCUUCAAAUCAACAUUUAUCAAAUUAUCCUUUUACUUUAACACAAAAUCUUCGAAAUAACUCCUUCAAUCAUCCAUAUUCACAUACCGGUUCUUCUGGUCUAACACAUCCUUCAACAGCAAUGGCUUUGGCUGCGGCAGCUGCUGUUGCAGCACAUCAAAAACAUCAAUCCGGUGCACCGAAUUUUUCCCCAAAUGUUUUCGGCUCUAAUUUCUCAUCUCCGCUUGGCCAGAUUACUGGUCCUGUAUCACCAUCUGUGGAUUCCCGACAUAUUACUGCUAAUGCUGUUUCUACUCCACCUGCUGCUCAUCGAGAGAAACAUUCCGGCAUUUUGGAAACAUCCACACCGACUACCCAAUCCGAUUCAGUCUAUUCAAAUUUGAGUGGUUAUCAUUCUCCGAUCACUGGUAACUCUAUGUAUGCUGCUCAUCAACACACUUCUCCUUACCCAAGACCACAACAACCACCUGCUCCCCUUCCUCCAGGAGUUGGUGCACGUAGUCCGUAUGCUCAAGUUUCACACCUUUCUGCUACAAACACGGACUCCAGUCAGUCAGGAUUCAAACGGACAGUCCCACCUCAUCCUGGAGAAGCUCCAGGUGCAUACGAGCCAUCGCCACGAUUCCACUUGGGUGGUCAAAGUCCAAGCAAACGUGCUCGUUAUUUGUCAACAGCUUCUGGAUCUAGUACUCUCUCAUUAUCAACAGAUGGUCCACCACUUAGUGGUGGUAGCUGCCCAGAUGGUAGUGAACGCCUUUCAGACCAAGUGACACCAACUUUGGAUCAAAACAAUUCUGUAGCUGCUCCUUCACCUUCCAGUAGUGGUGGCAGUUCGUCAAAUCCUACCCAUAUUCCGCCAAAUCCAUCAGGUUAUUCUGGGCCAUGUGCUGCUGCCCCACGCCAAUAUUGUGUUAAUAAUCUCGACCAGUCAUCAUCUAUGCCUUCACCAUACUAUCCUGGUCGCUAUGAAGGAUUAGAAAUGCACAGCCCUGCACCCCCUCCACACGGUCAUAUUAGGUCUCAUCAUGCAUCAAAUAACACAGGAUCAUCUAGUUCACAGUGGAAUGUUCCUGGAUUAUUGCCGUCUACUAAUAAAAUCAAUUCUUUUGACCAGCAGCAGUCUGAUUAUUUAAUGAAUUCCAGAUGCCAAAAUUAUAAUUCCAAUCUUUCCGUAUCAACUUCAGACCGCACUUCUCUUCCAACUGUUUUCCGGCCACCUAUUACUCCCUUCACACUAGAGUUAGAAGGUGAAGAAGAUGGUGAGAAUUUACCUCGACUAGGCACUUCACCAGGACCACAGAUACCACCUAGUUCACCUACUGAAUUUUUACCGUUUUAUUCUGAAGCUGCUAAUAAAUCCGCUCAGGCUCAACUUAGACAGAAACAGUUAACAGAACUCACUCCACGUGUACACAAUACACCAGACAGCGAUGAUCGUGGAACUAAUUCGGAUAAUAGUUCGCCUUGUAUAACGCUUGUAAACAUGAGUCGACCGGAUGCUCGAAAUAAUCCUCAAAUGACAUCUGCAGAAUACGUAACAACACCAAUGACCAAUCCUGUGUCUCACUCUGAUGAACUUUUGUCACCAAGCUUGUCAGAUUCAAAUGACCGUACACUCACUAUCCUUGAUAACUUAGGUGAAGUAAACACACCACCAAUGCCAGAUGGUCUGGCUGAUGCACCGUCUCCAAGUGAGGCAAUGAAAGAAAAUUCAUUAGUUCGAAAACGUGAAGAAUUGCAACACGAAUUAAGCACACCCGGUCCUUCCGAUCGUAGCAGAUCGCCAUCUUGUCCAAAUAACUCAGGUUCAGUCCAGUGUUCAAAUUCCGCAGAUGUGAGUAUCACAGCCUUCUAA